UACGCAUGUCGUGGCAUCCAGACCAACCGCAGAGACGCAUGAUGUGGGCGAGGGCAAACCCCGUCCUCGGAUUUCUUUAACGGGACAACUGCGAAGGAGAGAUGGGCGUGACCGUGACAACGGUGUGUCUGGACUAGACCGAAAACACUCUUCUCCCGGAUGAAAAUCCGCGUUGUCUUCCGUGGAACUGAUGACACCGGAGUGUGGCAAUGCAAACCACGCGACGUGAUGCGCGUGCCAUCCAGUUUAACACAGCGAGUGAUGAAUUACCAGCACGACGCCCGAUUUUAAGGCCACACGGGGAUUGACAAGCCAAGGAUAUUCAAGACAGGGGUCUAGAACUUCAUCAGCCGUGAGUCGUUCUUCUGGAUAUGGUUUUGGAAGGGAGCUCCGAAGCUCUUUGUCCUCCUCCAUCCCUGGAGCUGCGUCCAUCAUGCAACAAGAGCCAGCCGUCACCUCCUCUGGGCUCAGGAUCCCAGUCCCAUGAUGCCCUCUGCCCUGAGGAUGAGCCCAUCAAGUAUGGGGAGCUGAUUGUACUUGGACAUAAUGGUUCACUUGCUAGCGGGGACAAGGGGCGCAGAAGGAGUCGGCUGGCCCUUUACAAAAGACCCAAAUCCAACGGCGUAAAACCUGAUGUCAUCCACAACGUCUCCACACCUCUAGUGUCAAAGGCCCUAAGCAACAAAAGUCAGCACAGCAUCUCUUACACACUGUCCAGGAGUCAUUCUGUUAUCGUGGAAUAUACACAUGACACAAACACUGACAUGUUUCAGAUCGGCCGUUCCACAGAGAGCAUGAUUGACUUUGUGGUGACAGACACAGCAGGCAGCGGCAGUGGAGGACAGGGUCAGGGGGGUGCCAACGGAGAGGGAGGACAGUCGGCCCAGAGCACGAUCUCCCGCUACGCUUGCCGCAUCAUGUGUGAGCGAAAUGCUCCGUACACUGCACGAAUAUAUGCCGCGGGCUUUGACACUUCCAAAAACAUCUUCCUUGGGGAGCGAGCUGCUAAAUGGAGGACCUCAGAUGGUUUGAUGGAUGGGCUAACAACCAAUGGGGUGCUUGUGAUGCACCCAGCAGGGGAGUUUGUAUCUGAGCCCGCUCCAGGGGUUUGGAGGGAGAUCUCCGUGUGUGGGAAUGUUUUUGCCCUUCGAGAGACAAGAUCUGCCCAGCAAAGAGGAAAACUGGUCGAGAACGAGUCGAACAUGUUGCAGGAUGGUUCUCUAAUCGAUCUUUGCGGGGCCACUCUGCUCUGGCGGACCCCCAGCGGUCUUCGCCACACCCCGACUCUCAAACAGCUCGAAUCCCUACGUCAAGAACUAAAUGCUGCUCGUCCACAGUGUCCUGUGGGUUUCAACACACUCGCCUUCCCCAGCUUGGCCCAACGUGCCACCAUCGACAAGAAACAACCCUGGGUGUAUAUGAACUGCGGCCACGUUCACGGCUACCAUAACUGGGGCUUUCGCAAGGAGAAGGCAGGAUCUUCUGCCUUGGUGUUAACCGGGGGCGGAGGAACCGCUCCAGCCACCACUGGAGAGCGCGAGUGUCCCAUGUGCAGAGGGGUGGGCCCCUAUGUGCCCCUUUGGCUUGGGUGCGAAGGAGGGCUGUACCUGGACGCAGGCCCCCCGACACAUGCGUUCUGCCCCUGCGGGCACGUGUGCUCGGAAAAGACGGUGCAAGGCUGGAGUCAAAUCCCACUGCCGCACGGAACGCAUGCCUUCCACGCUGCUUGUCCUUUCUGUGGAACGUGGCUGACCGGAGAACAAGGCCACAUCAAACUCAUCUUCCAAGGGCCGGUCGACUGAGAGAAACAGCUAUCGCUCGGAAAGUGCGAUGUUAACGGGAUAUUUCACCCAAAAAUUAAAGUUCUAUCAUCAUUUACUCACCCACAUUUCGUUGCACACCAAUAUGAUUUUCCUUUUAACAUGGAAGACAAAAGGAGAUGUAAGGCAGAAUGUUAGCCUCAAUAACCUUUCACUUUCAUCAUAUGGGAAGAAAAAAAAUGCAAUGAAAGUAAAUGGAGACCGAGGCUAAUAUUCUGCCUAACAUCUCUUUUGUUCUGUGGUCCACAGAUGAAAGAAAGCCAUAUGGGUUUGGAAUGACAUGAGGGUGAGUAAAUGAUGACAGAAUUCUCACUUUGGGGUGAACCAUCCCUUUAGGAUUAAAUAACACAAAAUGAGAGCUCGGACUAUGGAGGAUGGACACCAAAUAAAGAGCUAGUGAAAAAGGCAGGGAUGCAAAAGGGAAUAUACUUUGCAAUGUGAUGCAGAAUGUGUAAAUAAAAGUAAUGAAAUAAAAGUUGAAAAUUAAAAUUGUGAUUACUGUGUGUAAGAGUCGAAGAUGUAAAUAAAAAUGUAAUACAUUUGCAUAUGUAAUAGCUGUCAUUUAAAUUGUGUAAUGAUGAAAAAGAGACUAUUGUGUCAACAUCCAACAAUCGGUAGCAGCUCUACUUAAAAAAAAAUGUUCGGGUCCCAUUUCUCUCCAAAAUCAAGAAAUAUUAUUGCUUUAAGAAAUUUUUUGGACCAUAAAAUAUUUUUG